UCAAGCAGAGCCAGGGUUAAAAUAAUUGUGUCUUGUUUUAUUCUUCUCCUUGUUAUAGGGCAAGUGAAUUCAACUACUCUUAAUUUACAAAUUGUUCGAGAACAAGGGUCUGCUGGAAAGAUUGCAGUUCAGCUGAGCACUUCACCUAACCUUGAACUACCCCUCUCCAACCAAGCAACAGAGAAUGAGGAUUACAUACUGGAAAAGAAGACAAUUAUUAUGGCAGAGAACAUGAUAAUAGCUUUUAUCAAAGUCACUAUAUUGCCUGAUAAUGUUCCAGAAUUACAGGAAGGAUUUAUAAUCAAUAUUACCGAUGUGCGACUGCUUGAUUCUCCCACUGGGGGCCAGCCAAGUGUGAAGAGGCUUGGAUUAGAAAUAGCUGAAAUAACAAUUGAAGAGAAUGAUGAUGCCAGAGGAGUAUUUAGUUUCAAUGUUACAAAGGAUAUAACUGGAGCUGUUAUUGGUUAUGAGGUACCGCCACCACAGAAUAUACUUAAACUCCCAGUUGUUCGACAGGCUGGGAGGUUUGGGUCAGCAACUCUGUAUUGGGAAGCCAUUCAUGCAACUGCUAGCUUUGAAGACUUCACACCAUCAUUUGGAAACCUUACAUUUGCAGAUGGGGAGGCUAGAGGAGAAAUAGAAAUUACAAUCAUAGAUGACAAUGAAGUGGAAUUUCUUGAGAUAUUCAGAGUUGCCCUGGUGAAGGUAACAGGUGGUGCAAGACUUGGGGAUGACACCCUGGUAACUGUUGCUAUUCCACCAAAUGAUUCCCCUGUUGGAGUAUUUGGUUUUGAAGAAAAGAAAGUAAUAGUGAAGGAACCUCAGACACCUGAUGACUCUGCUGCAGUUGUAUUGCUCACUGUAAGUCGAAGUCAUGGAGGACGAGGAGAAGUUAAAGUGUUAUGGAUUCUUGAGGAAGCAGCCAGAUAUGAUUUGACCCCUUUGAAUGGUACCCUUCACUUCAAUGAGACUGAAUCCCAGAAGUUGGUUGUUUUACAUGCGGUACAAGAUGGUCUGCUGGAGGGUAAUGAAACAUUUACCAUACAUCUAGUCUCUACUGGUGAUGCAGAGAUAUCCCCUGUAAAUGGUGUUGCAACCAUCAUUAUUGUGGGUGAUGAAGGAGCUUCUGGGGUGGUUGGGAUAGCCCAUUCAUCCAAGCAUGUUCUGAUUGGAGAACCUUCAGGAAAUUAUAAUGGAAGUGCUCUUAUUAGCCUGACACGUGGUCCGGGGAUUUCUGGUGAGAUCAUUAUACAUUGGAAUAUAACACCUUCUCAUCACACAGAAUUUGUUGAGACAUCGGGGACCUUGACAAUGCGAGACAGGCAGUCUGCAGCAGUUGUUCUGAUACAGACUGUAGAUGACAACAGUCCUGAGGAGAAGCGUUACUACCAGUUUCAGCUAACUGGAAUUAGUGAUGGAGGACUCAUAAAUGAAUCUAGCAGCACAGCAAAUAUUACUAUGGCCGCCAGUGAUUUUCCAUAUGGAGAGUUUACAUUUACACGGGAACUACUCCAAACAACAGAAGAAGAAAAAUGGGUUAACAUCACUAUUGUGCGUUCCAGGGGAUCCUAUGGCAAAGUGCGUCUUUGCUUUCAGAUAAUAAAUGGGACUGCAGAGGAGGGAAUUGAUUUUACUCUCACAGCAAGGGAACUGUUUUUUGAACCACAUGAGGAAAGUAAAAUAAUUUUGGUUGAAAUCUAUGAUGAUGACUUUCCUGAAGGUCCUGAAGACUUUUCAGUGAUGAUUACCAAAGUGGAACUCCAAGGAAGUGGAUUUGAUUUUACCAUAAAAGAAAAUGGUCUACAGCUAGAUCAACCUCCAAUAAUAGGAAAUAUCUCCACAGUACGAGUCACUAUUGCAAAAAGUGAUAAUGCGGAAGGCAUCAUAGAAUUUGAUCCACAGUAUAUCCACUUACAGGUGGAAGAGGAUGCUGGAUUAAUCAUGAUUCCAGUUGUAAGGAAGCGUGGAACUUAUGGCGAUGUAACAGCUGAUUUUCUUUCUCGAAGUAUUUCUGCACUUCCCAAUGGUGUUGACUAUGUCAUCCAUAAUAAUUCUGUAAUUUUUUAUCACGGCCAGAACCAGACUUUUAUUUACAUCUCUAUUAUAGAUGAUGAAGAAAGUGAAUUUGCAGAGCUGUUUGAAAUCCACCUGACAGGAGCCACUGGUGGAGCAGUCCUUGGGCUUCACCUAGUGAGCCAGGUCACUAUUGCUGAGAGUGACUCCCCCAGGGGUAUCGUCCGAUUUCUCAACCAAAGUCAAAUUAUUCUUCCCAACCCUGAUACACUUACAACAGUGUCCCUAGUGCUGGAAAGGACUGGAAGACUGUUGGGGGAGACACAGAUUAAUUGGGACAUCUUGGGACCUAAUUCAGAAGAGGUUUUAUCUCCCAUGAAUAGUGAUGUUGGUGACCCUGUGAAUGGAUCAUUCUAUUUUGGAGAAGGAGAAGGAGGGCUGAGAAUUAUUAAUCUACAAAUCCAUCCUCAUACUGAAGCUGAAGUUCAGGAGACCUUCAUUAUUAGACUGAUACUUAUAGAAGGGGAAACAGAAAUAGAUCCUAAGGCAAAUAGCAUUGCACUAAUAAUACAGAAGUUUGGUGAUCCUAAUGGAAUUGUACAGUUUGCUCCUGAAUCCUUAAUUGAGAAAAACUAUACAGAACCCUCAGCAGUGGAAGGGCCACAAAACAUCACACUGUUUAUCAGGCGAAUUCAGGGCACUCUGGGAAACAUAACGGUUUACUGGGAAAUACAUAGUGAAUCUGACAUCACAGGUGACUUCCUUACAACAGAGGGCUCUGUUGUCAUUGCUGACCAGCAGAGUACAGCUGAGAUAAUUAUCUACCUGUUACCUGAUGAUGUUCCAGAACUGGAUGAAAACUAUGUGGUGCAGCUGAUUUCAGUAGAAGGUGGAGCAGAUUUAGAUCAAGAGAAAAGAAUUUCGAAGAUCAAUGUGUUUGCAAAUGAUGAUCCUCAUGGAGUGUUUGCCCUGUACUCUGAUCAUCAGUCAGUAUUCGUAGAGAGAAACCUGGAUCGGUAUGUUCAGAUCAAUGUAACUCGGCAUGCUGGAACAUUUGGAGAAGUGAUAGUUGAAUACCAUAUCAUAUCUCAUCAUGAAGAAGUGCUAAUUGAACCUGAGAAUGAGGAGGGAUACCUCACAGUAAAAGAUGGUGCCAGCUUUGGAGUGAAAAGAGUGCCAAUAAGUAACCAGGCAUUUAUUCUACUGGGCUUGAAUUUUACUCUGGAACUGACUGAUGUAAGCCUGGUUAGGGGAAGUGCCAAGGAGGUGCCUAAAAUAUUAGGAAAAGCAAAGUCAACUAUUCUGCUUGUUCCUGAGGAAGCUGCCAAUUCACAGGUUGGAUUUGAAUCUGUGAUUUUACGACUUGGAGAUAUUGUAGCAGGGACAGGCCAGGCUGUCAUAACCAGAAAAGGAGUUUAUGGCUCUGUAACAGUUACUUGGAUUUCAGGAUACCCACCAGACCUAAUCACUGACUUUGCUCAGCCAGGCAAUAUUACUCCUCCAUUUGGUACUGUCCUAUUUUCCUUUGGUGAGCAAAGUAAAGUAAUUUCAUUUCAAGCUAUACCAAAUAUAAAUAAACAUGAAUCAUUUGCCAUCACUUUAACAGCAGUGCACACCAAUGUGUCUGGUGGGGCUUGCCUCAGAUCUGGAUUUACUAUAGCUGAAAUUGAGCCAAUGGGGAUAUUCCAGUUUGCUCCUAACUCAAGAUCUAUUUCAGUUGAAGAAGACGUUCAGACAGUCGCACUACAAGUCCAAAGACUGUUUGGUUUUCAAAGUAAUCUCACUAAAUUGACAUAUCAGACCGUUCCAGGAAGUGCCAAACCACUAGAGGACUUUAUACCCAUCUACAAUGGAGAGCUUAUGUUUUUACACUUUCAGAAAACUGCUGUGAUAGAAGUAUCAGUAAUAGAUGACACUGUCUCUGAAAUGGAGGAAUUUUUUUUUGUAAAUUUGACUGCUGUGGAAAUUUUGGAUGUUCCACCUGUGAAUCCUGCCUGGAGUUCACGUUUGAAUCCAGCUUUCAGUGUUGCAACAAUUAAUAUCCUGGCUAAUGAUAUUCUUAAUGGAAUACUAAGCUUGGGGCCAGAGUUUACUUACGUUGAAGAAGAUGCAAACAACAGUAGCCCCAACACAGUGGUACUUCAUAUCAGAAGGACCAAGGGGUUUACUGGUGAUAUUGAAGUAACUGUUAAAACAUUUGGGGGAGUUAGUGCACAGAGUGGAAUAGAUUCAUAUCCUUUUGGAAAUGCUUGGAAAUCAAACUUCACCUGGGCAAUGGAAGGAGAAGAUUUUGAAGAACAGUCAGUCUCUUUGACUUUGCUGGAUGGAGAAAGAGAAAGCAAUGUGUCCAUUAAAAUUUUUGAUGAUGAUGAGCCUGAAGGACAGGAAUUGUUUUAUGUUUUCCUCUCAGAUCCUGAAUGUGGAGCUCAGAUUGUGGAAGGAAAGGAUGAAUAUGGAUUCGCUGCUUUUGCAACAGUGAUUAUUGCAGGAAGUGAUCUCCAGAACGGCAUUUUGGGAUUCAUGCCAGAGGUACAAAGUGGUCUUGUACUUGAUGAAGACUCAGAAAACAGAGAGGUGCUGCUCAUUGUCACAAGGCAACCAAACAGGGCUUUUGAAGACGUGAAGAUCUUUUGGCGUGUGACAUUUAAUAAAUCAGCUGUUGUCCUUCUGAAGGAUGGCACGAACUUGGAGAAUGAGCUUGUAUCUGUGCUGGGAGCCACUACCUGCAUGGCAGGACAAACAAUGUGCAACAUCUCCAUUGAAAUAAAACCUGAUAAUGUUCCUGAAUUUGAAACACAUUUUUUUGUUGAACUGUAUGCUGUGAGCACAGGAGCCGCAUUGAACAGCAGUUCCAGAUUUGCUUUUGUAAAAGUUCUUGAAAGUGAUGCUCCUCAUGGUUUAGUAUAUUUUGCUGUGGGAUCUCGUUUUGCUGUGGCUUAUAGGAAGACAACUUUAAUCAGUCUGCAAGCACUUAGAGAUUCUGGUACAUCAAUAACCACAGUGGUUAGCUACAGCAUGCAGGAGCUACAAAAACCUGAACCUAUUGGUCGGACAUUCAUAUCUCCAGCUGUGGCAGGGCAGGAUUUUGCAAGAUCUGAAGGUUUAUUGACUUUUGAACCUGGACAGAAAAGCGCGUUUCUGGAUGUGACACUGACCCCAAAGACAGGAUCUUUAAACCCAUUUCCUAAACGUUUCCAGGUUGUACUUUCUAAUCCCACAGGCAGUGCCAGAGUAGAUGAUGUGUAUGGUAUUGCUAACAUCACAAUUGUCUCAGAUUUUGACUCCUUGCCAGUCUGGGGGCUGAUUGAUCAACUGCAUCAGCCUCUUGAUGACACCAUUUUACACAGAGUCCUCCAGAAUCUGAAUGCCAGAGUGGCUACGGAAACUACAGAAGAGCAGCUUACUGCUGUGAUGCACAUCAUAGAGAAGGUUACAGACAUAGGUGAAAAACAGCUACUCACUGAUAAAAGUAGAAGUCUUUUCUAUGAGAUACUCUGUGCUCUGGCUAGCCCGAAACGUGAGGACACACGAGGAUAUAGCCUGCUUGCUGGGGUGACUGAGAAGUUUGCUUUUUCCCUGUUGACUGGGAUAAUGUGUGGAUCACCCGGAGAAAGAGGUAAAAAUAUCCUUGACAGCUGCCCAUACAUUGCAAUAAUGGCUCACAACUGGUUUCCUCAGCAAAUCAAUGGACACAGAUUUGAUGGAAAAGAUGGGGAUUCUAUUCAAGUGCCUGAACAUUUACUAGACGUCUCUGUUUCAUUAUCACCUCCUCAACGAGAGAACUGUGAAUCCGUGCAGUUCACAGAAUACAGCAGUCAGCAGUGGUUCAUUACUGGAGAUAAAGAACUUGCCCUGAAGAACAAGGUUUUUUCUAUGAGUUUGAAGGGUUGGAGUUCACAGCCUUUAAAAGAUAACAAUGAAGUCAUUUAUCGGGUUUAUGCUACAGGAAGUCGUAUUGUUCCACAAAAGUCUCUAUGUCUCCUCUGGAAUCAAGCUGCUGAAAGCUGGCUGUCUGAUACUGGGUUCUGCAAAGUGAUGGAUGACUCGUCAGACUACGUGGAAUGCUCUUGUUCUCAUAUGUCCAUUUAUGCAGUUUAUGCCCAAACAGAUAACUUGUCUUCAUACAACGAGGCUUUUUUCUCUUCUGGAUUCAUCUGCAUUUCAGGUUUCACUUUGGCUAUUCUCUCCCACCUUUUCUGCACCAGGUGUGCAAUGUUUGCAGCUAAACUUCUCACUCACAUGAUGGUUGCUUGUUUGGGUACGCAGAUUUCAUUUCUGGCCUCUGCUUACAUGAGCCAACAUCUCUCAGAGGAAAGCUGCUCUGCCCUUGCAUCUAUUACACAUUACCUUUACCUCUGCCAGUUCAGCUGGAUGCUUAUUCAGGCUGUUAAUUUCUGGUACGUCCUGGUGAUGAAUGAUGAACACACAGAGCGGCGCUAUCUGCUUUACUUCCUUUUGAGCUGGGGGCUUCCAGCUUUUGUUGUGAUCCUGCUUUUAAUCAUCCUGAGAGGAAUCUAUCAUCACAGCACAGCACAGAUUUAUGGCCUUGUCUACAGUGAUCUGUGCUUCAUUCCAAAUGCCUACGCUGCGCUCUUCACUGCUGCUCUGGUGCCAUUAAUGUGCUUGGUAGUGGUUUUUGUGGUGUUCAUCCACGCCUACCAGGUGACCCCACAAUGGAAAGCGUAUGAUGAUAUUUUCAGAGGAAGAACAAAUGCUGCAGAGAUCCCCUUGGUUCUGUACCUCUUUGCCUUGAUUUCCGUCACUUGGCUGUGGGGAGGACUGCACAUGGCUUACCGGCAUCUCUGGAUGUUAGUCUUCUUCAUCAUCUUCAACAGCCUGCAGGGUCUUUAUGUCUUUGUGGUAUAUUUUAUACUGCACAACCAACUUUGCUGUCCCGUGAAAGCAAGUUAUUCUGUAGAUAUGAAUGGGCAUACAACACCGGGUUCAGCUUUUUUCACACAUGGCAGUGGCCUGCCAGCUGCAGGUGGAGAGAUCAGCAAGUCCACUCAGAACCUCAUCAGUGCUAUGGAAGAGGUGCCUGCAGACUGGGAGAGGGCAUCCUUGCAGCCUGCUGGUCAGGCUAGUGCUGCCUUCAAGCAAAGUCCACAAAAUGGCAAUGUUUUCCACACUUCUGGAGGAUUUAGUGCCAGCUCAUUGGUUGCUGAUGAGGAAUCACAGGAGUUUGAUGACCUAAUAUUUGCUUUAAAAACUGGUGCAGGUCUGAGUGUCAGCGACAAUGAAUCUUGUCAUGGCAGCCAGGAUGGUGGCAGCAUGGCUAACUCCCAGAUCGUAGAGCUUAGAAGAAUACCCAUAGCAGACACCCACCUCUAACUCCACAGCUUGCUUGGGUUCUUUUGUCUUUUUUUUUUUUUUAAUUCAAUCCUCAGUAUUUUUAUAUUUGUACUUCCUUUUGCACUAAAACACUAUAUAUGAAACUGCGUAGUAGAAUGCUGUGAGCUUUAGUGAGCGUUUAACAAGGAAUGUUUGCUUGAGGUUUUGCAUAUCAGAAAAUAAACUGUAAAUUUUUUACAGUGGCUGAACAUCAGUAGAUACCACAGCAACUGGCCUAGAUUUGUAUCUUGUAGCUAGAUGGCAUAUUUCACAAACUGUACUUUUUUUAACUAACCUUUAUGUAUAACACUGAUUAAUAAAAAUAAUAGUCCGUUUGAUACAAACA